AUUCUGUCUGAGUGGAGUACCAAGUGUACACAUUGAUGAUUCCUCUCCAUCUAAGAAUAAAGAUUUUCUCCAGUGAUGUGGCUAGCAGCUCUUAUCCUGAUUACAGCACUAAUAGCAGUGAUACCAGUACUUCUAAAAAGGUUCAAACAAGGCAAAUCUCAGUCUCAACAUCGAGAUGAAGCCCAAAUUCCGCUGAGUGUAAACUACCAUCUCACCAGAAAAUGCAACUACGAAUGCAAGUUUUGCUUCCAUCAAGCAAAAACGUCUUAUCAUCUGCCCAUCGAAGAAGCUAAACGAGGUAUCAGAAUGCUGGUUGAUGCUGGAAUGAAAAAGAUCAACUUCUCUGGAGGGGAACCGUUUAUCGUUGACAGAGGAAGGUACGUAGGUGAACUGGUUAAAUACUCAAAACAAGAGUUGGGUAUGGAGAGUGUAACGCUAGUGUCAAACGGGAGUCUGAUUAAGGAGAAGUGGUUCCAGGAGUACGGUAGCUAUCUGGAUAUCAUGGCUAUCUCCUGUGAUAGUUCGGAGCCUGAUACGCUGAAAUCUAUAGGAAGGUACGCUAAACGUACGGAACACCUACAACAACUACAACUAAUACAUGAUAUGUGUGAGAAGUAUGAAAUCCUGUUUAAAAUCAACACGGUGGUGUGCUCGGCUAACUGGCACGAGGAUCUUUCCGAGAUGAUCGGAACACUGGGUCCAGUGCGCUGGAAGGUAUUCCAGUGUCUCCUUAUCGAAGGAGAGAACUGCGGGGACAUAGACCCGGUAAAGAAGAUGCGGGACGCUACUGACCAGGUCGUGACAAGGGAACAGUUCCAACACUUCCUCAACACGCACAGAAAUGUGAAGUGUCUUGUACCAGAGUCCAAUGAAGCAAUGCGAAACUCUUACCUCAUAUUGGAUGAGUACAUGAGAUUCUUAAACAACACAAAGGGUCGCAAAGAUCCAACUAAAUCUAUCCUGGACAUCGGAGUUGAGGGAGCUAUGGAGGGAAGUGGGUACGAUCACAAAGAAUUCAUUAAACGAGGUGGAAAGUACGAAUGGUCCAAGAAAAGUUCAGAACUGGAGUGGUGAUAUUGAAAUGUAGUGAACUGUGAAGUUGAACACUAUCAUAUUACUAUCAGCGGAUGAGAGUUAUACUUACAGAUAUUGUUUAAUUUGUAGAGACUUUGUUUUAUAUUUUAUUUUAUAUUACCUGUUUAAGUGCAGCUAUAACUGGACAUUUUAUAUUUUUAUUUUUAUUGUUGAUGAAUAUAUAACUAUUCAAUUUGAAAUAUUGCCU